AGAUGUUCUAUUGUUUUAAAAUUAAAAUUUGAUGUUGGGAAAUAUAUUUCAGAAUAUGGCCCCAAGAACUAAAGGUUCAAAGAAGGGUGACAAGAAGGUUUUGACUGAGGUCAUCACCAAGGAAUGCACCAUCCAUAUGCACAAGAGGAUCCAUGGAAUUGGAUUCAAGAGGAGGGCACCCCGUGCAAUUAAGGAGAUCCGCAAGUUUGCCGAGAAGAUGAUGGGUACCCCUGAUGUUCGUGUGGACACCAGACUCAACAAACACAUCUGGUCUCAGGGUGUUAGGAAUGUUCCAUACAGAGUACGUGUCAGGUUAGCGCGUAAAAGGAACGAAGAUGAGGACUCUGUGCACAGACUGUAUACCUUGGUCACGUAUGUGCCCUGUGCUUCAUUUAAAGGAGAGAAAGGCAAUGGAACUGGAAGAAAUUCUCGGCGGGUAAGGCCUGUGAUCUACGCUAUGGCCCAACCGAACAGGUCAGUUUUGGGCAUUUCCAAUAGAAAACGUCUCUCCUCGAUGAAUGGUGAUUUUAUAUACAUGCUGAAAGACUUGCGGAAAUCGGAAACGGCAACCAACGUCGUACACAACAAUCGGCUUGUGAAAGUAAAUAACGACAGAGAAAUACACAAAAUGCAAAAGGAGCACAUGCUCCAAGUUUCCAGCAUUAAGAAAAGCCAGGAAGCCAUUUAUAAGACAUUGGUAAGGGUAAACAGAGACAAAAUAAAGGCAACAAAGGAACGCUUUGCCAACACGCAGGAGGAUUUGCGUUCUCGAACCCAAAAGCUUCGGCUUAAAUUACUAGUCAGAAAGGUCGUCGAAAAGUUCAGGGAAAAUGUCCAAGAGAAGAACUUAGACAGGCGUGUGAUUACGGACCAGUCAGAUGGGAACGAAAUUAAAGUGAAAAUAUCUUCCUUUUUUCCUGCUGAUAAAAAGGAGAGCGACCAAACAAGUGAAGGCGAAAAGGAAGACGUGGAACGACCACCGAGUGAAUACCCAGUGGACACAGACUGUACAGCGGCAACUUACAACCUGGUAAAUCGGAACAAUAGGGGGAACAUGGUCGGACAGCUGAGUAGACCGACCUCUAGGUCUUCAUUUGAAGAUGCUAUCACGGCAGAAUAUCUGGACAGAGAAAAUGAAGCCUACAGAGACGAGCAUCAUGAUGAAAACGAUCACCAGAUGAUGAACGAAGGAGGGGUUAUCAUCACAGAAAUUGGUUCGCCAAAUGGUAAAGCAGCCUUGCCGCCAAAACGCACGAUAGUUGUGACGCUUCCGAAUCUGUCGUCUGAUUUCACAACGAUAAAGAAGAAGAAAGAUAAUGUAGCACCCAAAAUUGAAUCAUCAAUGAAAUGCAAAGAGUUAUGUGACUUUGAAGUCAAGGAAACGAAACCACAAGGGAAAAAGUCGCCGAACAGAAUAAAAAGUGGAACUUCGUCCUCCAGUGGAGGGAGCUAUAAAAUGGACGAUAACAAUACGAGAAUGAACAGACUGAAUGAUUUACCUUCACUGAAAGUAACCCUUGAUCAACUUAACUCAGGCACUUAUUCUGCUGUCUUCCAGAAUACAAAUAAUAUGCUGAACAAAGUGGAACACUUCCUGAAUACCUCAAUAAAGCCAUCAAGUGAUGAAGAUUAUCCGGGCACCCCAAAGGAAGGAGAAAGAUUAAAGCACCGAAAGACAAAUGUUAGAAACUCCUUAAUGGAUGCGUCCAGAAAAUCUGUCGGGAGAAGUAUACCCAUGGUAAGGGCGGAAGAUACAGAAACGGAGAAAUUGUCGGUGAUAGGGUUGAAUCCAAAGAACAAUGACAAUAUGGAAGGGAGAGCUUCUGCCUUGUCAGCUAAUUCUGUAAACAGUUCAAAUUCUAUGUCCAGACGGAUGAGUGUCCAAUGUGCAAACCGCAGACGGGCGAAAGCAAAACAGGAAAGGUUCCCCAAGCUUCAGGAGAAUGUUAACGAUUCUAAUGAAGGAAACCUGAGAGAAGGUCCCCCAAUUGUGUUUUUGGACACAAAAAUUGAAAAAUCAGUUAGACUGGAGAAGAAAACUCAAAGGAAGUUAAUUAAAUCUGAGCGGGCAAAACGGGAGUUACAAGUGGAAAAGAUGGACAAAUUUAUGGAGAACUUGCCACAAGAAGAUAAAGAAAACCAGUCUCCCCAACUCGUACCUACAAAACAGGAGAACCGGAAACAGACGGAAGUCACUUCAACAUCGCCUGUAAACACCGGCGAAACCAAGGAAGCGGAAGUAAAGAAACCGUCAAACAUGUCUGAUUUUGUAUACAGGGUAUUUCUACGUCAAAACCAAUUCGCUAGACUUCCGUCAUACAUGGACCCCAACUCUACUGAGGCCUUACGUCACUGUCGUUAUUUACGUCAUUAUAAAAGAAUGAACCAGACGGAAAAAAUAGCGGCGCGAUACGCCCGGAACUCGUGUUGGCAGUCCAAACCGUUCUCCGUCCAGGAAGAGUUCCGAGCGCUAAACCGCCACGGAUUUGUCCCAUCAUCUGCCUACUGAAUCUCAAGUUCAUUG